AUGAACAAGGAGAGCCCGUCGACUGUUGCGAGCCUUACGGAGGCAACUAAUACAAUCCGCUCUUCAAAAGAAGAUGAAUCAACAUUGGGGUCCAACUACCCGAAUGAUGUCUUCCAGAUCUCGCCUACGGCAGCACUGGGUCUGCUGUGCACAGGUAUUGAAAUGCUUGUGGAAUCGUCAGCAGAAGAAGUGGGUUAUUCCCGAGGAGCUGCCGUUCCUGUCCCCGGGCCCCUGGUCCACAGCGACAGUAUAUCUAGCGGGGAAUCUACGCCGAUAAGGGUCACUGGGUUAUGUCGCUCCACAGAAAGCUACGAUGAAGCAGGUCGUCAUCUAAAACAGCAGAGUGUGCUGUCAAAACGCUUCUCUUCGAAACGCCAGCCACCGAUCACGCUGCAGGAGUAUUUGCUGCGUAUGCACAAGUUCUGCCCUAUGUCUACAGGUGUUUAUCUGGCUACAAGCAUGUACAUCAUGAGAAUGGCGACUAUUGAACGGGUGAUAGUCGUCAGCCGGAAGAAUAUGCAUCGUCUGGUGCUUGCUGGACUUCGCGUGGCGAUGAAGUCCUUGGAAGACCUCAGCUAUCCCCAUAGCCGCGUUGCUAAGGUUGGAGGUGUGACUGAGCGCGAACUAUCGAGGCUCGAAAUCAGUUUCUGUUUCCUUGCGGAUUUCGAACUACGAGUCGAUGCAGAUAUGCUCGUCGACCAAAUAAGAUUACUCCGAGAAAUAGGCUGUUGCGGGGAUCCCCUCCGUUGA